GGAGGGACGCGAAGAAAGAAAGAUCGAGAGCGCGAUUUUCGAGCGAUAUAAAUUGAUAAUCACUUUGAAAAAUUCAGUUCUUUGCCGAGUCGACGCCCGCCGACGAACGUCGCUGUGAGUGAGUGAAAAAAGUGCCAUUUUUCUCCAUCGGGGUGGAAAAAAUAAAAAUGUUUUACGUAUUUGUGCUUGCUGUAUGCCUUACUGGGCAUGCUGCCAAUGCAGGGUACCAGCAAUACUUCUACUCUGGUUUUCCAACCCCUAUUCAACCAUCGGUGCAAUACCAGCAGUAUCAAGCACCUGUAACUUAUCAAAGUUAUGUGCCUGUUCAGCAACAACAUUAUAUACCUCAGGUGCAGACUUAUAACGCUUUUCCGGCUUUCCCUACCCCGCAACACUUUGGAUACCAGCAGAGUUUUCCUCAACAGUUUAUUUAUCACACUCCUACAGAGCAAGUCACACCAGUUGAAGCUGAUAAAGCAGUAACUACUCCUGGAAGUACUUCAAGUUCUACUACAACCUCAUCUCCUUCUACAACUGAAUCUGAAUCGGAAUCAGCUACCACCCCUGAAUAUGAUGAUGUUGAACAAGAUGACGAGGCGGUUAUCACCAACGCUGUUUUCCGAUCUGGUACCACUAAUACAAACAACCCUUUGCCUACCCCUGUUAACCCUGUGCAACAAAAUGAUAAUUUCCGUGGAUUUGCCUACCAGAAUGAGUUUGAGGGUGGUCGCUCGCAUUUUGUUUUUAUAACUGGACCUGAAGCAAAUCGUUUCCCUCAAUCUCAACCAACCGCCCAAGAUCUACCCUCAAGGACUUCAGCAUCUGAUGCUGUGGAUACCGUAGCAACCAAAACUGCAUCUACCAACACAAAUGACCAUUCCCUAGAUGCUUUGAUUCAAUACUUGGAACAUCCCCAAGCUGGCGUUCAACGUUUCUAUUCUAUAAACAACGCUUUGGUCUCACGUCGUGUUGAGGAUGAAAUUCCAGCACUGCCAGCUUUCCAACCUCAUCCAUUUGCUAACGUUAGAACGAGCCUGCCUAUUACCCAACCAAUUUCUCCACUUUUCCCUAUCUUAAGAUCAAGUUUUCAAUUGGAUGUACAAACUGUGAAACCUGUAGCCCAAACUGAGAAUAAAGAAGCAAAGGAAGAAAAAGAAGAACAUCAAGUGUCGGCUAGUAAUAUCGAAACGAAAAGCGUAGCGCCUGAAACCACAAUUGCUGCCACUUCAACCACAACUGCUUCUACAACAGCUGCAGUAACUGAAGAAACUGUCAAAAUCUCAUCCACUACUCCAUCUUCUACUACUACUACUGCAAUCACUACUGAAAAAGCAGAGACUAGUACCAAGGAAGAAAAGUCCACAAUGGGCACAAUCAUUGUUGAAUAAAUAAAUAAAAAGCAAUAAUCAGAAAUAAAUGUUCAAAACCA